AGUAAUGGCCAACCCCCUUUAUCACCUCCAAGUAAUGACCAACCCCCUGUCUCACCUCCGGAUAAUGGCCAACCCCCUGCUUCACCUCCAAAUAAUAGUCAAUCUCCUGUCUCACCUCCAAGUAAUGAUCAACCCCCUAUCUCUCCUCCAAGUAAUGUCCAACCUCCAUUCUCUCCUCCACAAAAUGCCCAACCCCCUUUAUCGCCUCCAAGUAAUGGUCAACCCCCUAUCUCACCUACGGGUAGUGGCCAACCCCCUUUCUCACCUCAAAGUAAUGUUAGCAAUGGUAGCCAACCCUCUAUCGCACCUCCAGGUAAUGGUAAACCCCCUGUAUCACCUCCAGGUAGUAGUCAACCACCUAUCUCACCUCUGGGUAGUGGCCAACCUCCAAUCUCUCCACCGGGUAGUGGCCAACCUCCAUUCUCUCCUCCACAUAAUGCUCAACCCCCUUUAUCACCUCCGGGUAGUGGUCAACCCCCUGUCUCACCUCCAUCAUUUAGUGCAGACGAACGGUACGCAAUAGCAAAACGGAAGGGCUAG